AUGAAACAGGACAAUUGGAAAGAAAAUCGGAUUCUAGUAGGGCUUCAUUACUUAAUAGUAAUGAUAUAUCUUAUUCAAAAAAAAAUAAAUGCGGAUCCACAAAUUGGAAGUAUUAAGCUUGCUGUAGAACUUAAGAAAAUAGUUAAAAAAACAUAUAUCUUCGAUGUAUACGAAAUAAUUUGUGUAAAAUAG